GGUCAAUGCUGACGUCAGCCAAGCACGAAACAGCUGUUUAUCGGGUUUGCUUGCCGGUUGUUGUGCACGAAAUGUGUCAAAAAUUAAUUUGAAACAAGAAUUUUAACUCAAAUUUGUGUUUUUUAAUACUUGAAAUAAAUACGCAGUUUUACAGCUAUGGAUUUGGACACUAUUUGCCCCGAUUUAAAUGGCUUGACACGCGCCUUAGCCCAGAUAGUGCACAAGGACUUAACAAAUGAUGAACGCCUGAGCAACAUACAGCCGAAGUUGGAGCGGGAUACGGGCGAGUUUUAUUGGAGCGCCCAAAAUAAGGAGCAUCAACAGAUGAUGGCAUAUAUCCCCACACAGCACUCCAAGGAUCUUGACUUUGAGCUGAUAAAAGUGCUGCAGCAGAAGCUGUUGAACUGCAUUAUCAUUGUCGCCAUAGUUGAUACUACGGGCAACAUUCUGUACUAUCAAAUGACAGAGGGCUUUAAGGAAAAAUAGUUUGGGCAUUGUGUCUUUAAUCUGGUUAUUAUUCGCAAAUCUGUCAAAUUUCAAAGCUUAAACUUUCUUUAAGCCCUUGUGUUGUAGAGGAAAACUGCAUUUAUUAAAUAGCGAUAGAUACAUUUAUUCAAAA